AUGGAGAAUUGUGAGGAGAAGGAGGAGAAAGAAGACGAAGCCUUUAGAGCUGCUUACUUGAAAACUGAAAGUGAUUUCUUCGAAAAGGUGUUAAAGAGUAGUGCCUGCUUUGUUACGGUUUUGAUACAAGAUCAGGAGAUGAUUGUGUCGAGUUUGGGAGAUUGUAGAGCUGUUCUGUGUGGAGAAAGAGGAGUUUUUGAGGCUCUCGCAAGUGAUCACAAAGCUGCAGGAACGGAUCAGGGAGGUCAUGUCGCUGUUUUCCAAAGCAUUAAAGAUGCAAACUUGAAGAAAUGGGUGAUUGGUGAACACAAGACAUUAAAGCUGAAGAUUGAAGACCGUUACCAUCCUUCAUUGAUUGGAUUCGUAGAGCUUCUUUGGAGUUUAUGA